GUUUGUUGUAGUUUAAACCGUUAAGCAAAAGCUACAGCCGGGACACUUUACGGCAUGACGUGAAGUAGUGCGUGAGAGAAAGCACGUGCACUGAGCAGACUGCUGAUGGAGGAGGACUCGCCUCACGUGGUAGGGGUCAGUCUGUGUGACACGGCUCCCCUGCUGUGGCGAGUGGAGGACCUGCGGGCAGUGAGGGCUCAGGGCCUGGUGGGGGCGCUGCUUGGUGCACUGCCCCGAACCCCCCGACAGAACACCCGGCUGGGCCGCCCGCUGCUGCUGCUGCCGGAGGAGGAGGGACUGCUGACCGAGCGCCAUGCUGCUGCUAAUCGCAUUAGCGUACCUGCUGAUAACCAGGAUGGAGGGGGCGUGGAGCUCCACCAGCAGGAGCAGCAGAGGAGUUUUGGACAGAGUGUGCUCGCUCUGCAGGACAGGAAGUCAGCGCUGCUCCGCGCCAUGACGUCCCCACCUGGGGCCGUAGACGAGGCCCUGCGGGGUCGCAUGGAGUCCCUGGACCGGAACUUUACCCUCCCUCGCUCUGCUCUGGCAGUGCAGCUGAGCACAGCGAGGGCGGGGCUGUCUCACUGUCCCGAUGCCCGCACCUUCCUGCGGGCCGACCGGCCAAUCAGAGGACAGGAUGAGCCGCACGGCACCACCGCCAGGUACCAGGUGUUCAGAGACCUGAGGGGGCGGGGCUUCUACCUGACCUCGGCGGGGAAGUUCGGAGGUGACUUCCUGGUGUAUCCAGGUGAUCCUCUCCGGUUCCAUGCUCACUUCAUCGCAGUCUGUCUGUCUCUGGACGAGCCUGUGAUGCUGGACGUCCUCGCAGUGUCUCGUCUCGGCUCCAACGUGAAGAAGACCGUCCUGCUCUGCUCGCCGAGGCCAGACGGGGGGGUCGUGUACACCUCGCUGCAGUGGAGCGGGAUGGUGUAGAGCAGUGGUCCGCAGACCGGUACCGGAACAGAAAGAUUUAAUAAAGAAAUAUUUUAUUUUGAAA